CUUCCAAAACACCAGAAAUCCUCGAAUGAACAAAAUCUUCAACCAUCCAAAUUUUUGCACUUGAAUAGCAAAUUAACAUUUGGUUUUUCAAUUAUCAACCGACAAAACACAAAAAUCACAUUCAUACCAUUGCAUGAAUUGGUUUACAUUCAUUCAAUUGGUUUAACUUCUUUCCCCCAGCUAGACUUUAUAUUAUUAAUCAUACAUAUAUAUCUUCUUCAUCUUUAUUCUGCUUCAUCAAAUUCUAACACUCGUUUCAUGUCCAUGUGAUUAUACAUUAUUGUAUAGUCACAUUCCAAUAACCUUUUCUAUCUUAUGUUUCUAUGAUCCAACCUUCGUGGGUUUUUGGAGAAUCUUGAGUAAUCUACGAAGGUUGGAGAUAAUUAAUUGAUACAUACAUAUAUUUCUUUGGAAACUGUAAAGCCUAAAGCGUAUUUGAGAAAGCGCAAGUUUGUUGUAUAAUUUUUUUUUUCACGUCCAAUGAGAGAUAAUAAUGAGAAAAAAGUUUUACAUGUUUUGGAUUGGUGAAUUUGGAAGAAAAAAUGGAGUUGACAAGACCUGGCUAUGCCGUAAUUUAUGUCAUUCUACUUUGCGCAUUGGCACAAGGGGGCUCAGAGGGGAAGAGGGGCGAGGACGAUGAUUUUUCUCCAUCAUCGUUACUUGUACACACAACACAACAGGCCGAGAUAGUGCCAAAACAUAGAAAAGAAUUGACAAAGAACAUUGAAGGCAAAGAGUUGGACUUACAUGCAAAAGAAGAGAGCAAUGACAUUAGGCCAAUACUUUUCAGACAAAACAACACAAACAAAGCAACAAAAUCAAACCAAACUAUUGAUCCACCAACACCACAACCACAGUCAUCGCCACCGCGACGAUCUCAUCGGCUCCUUGCCGCUUCUAGAUCUCUAACAGAGAGUAGUGAUCCUGUAACUUCUCCUCCACCUAAUAAAAAUGAAGAUGACAAACAACCAAAAACGACGGUUCAUGGUGCUGCUGCUGUAUCAGGAAUUCUAAUGGCACUUGGGGUGUCCUUUUGCUAUAGACAGGUCAAAACCAACAAAGAGGAAAAAGAAGAUAUACUAAUAUUAACCUCAAAGGAUUAUGCUGGCGGUUCACCAAAGAUUGUUCGUUUGGGAGAUAAUACUGAACUUAACAAGCAUAAUAAGGAAGAAGAAUCUGUUACAGAUAACAAUGAAAAGAAAACUUCUGAUGAUGAUGCUAAGAAUGAAGGUAGCAACACUACCUCAGAAGUUGAGACAACAGCACCAUUACAAGUUGUGGAACAUGUAGUUGAAUUUGCACCAGGCCCACCACAACCACCACCACCGCCACCAACUCGAUCAGCUCCACUACCUCCCCCGGCCCCACGGGCCCCUCCACCGCCGGUCCCCCCACGGGGCCACGGUCCGCCACCACCACCGCCUCCAAGGCUACCCGGUAAGGGCCCUCGGGCGCCACCGCCGCCGCCUUUAAGAGGAGGGCGAGGAACAAGUCAUCCUCCACCUGUUCCUUCAAGACCGUUGUCUAAAAGAUUUAGAAAUGUUGCUAGAGUAGAUAGCUUUACUGAGGUCCCUGAUCCUGCAAAGCCUAAACUAAAGCCAUUUUUCUGGGACAAGGUUAAUGCAAAAUCUGAUCAAGCAAUGGUGUGGCACAAAAUCAGCGGAGGUUCAUUCGUAUUCAAUGAGGAACAGAUGGAGUUUCUAUUUGGUUGCGCAAACCAUAACAAAAAUGAACGCAAAAAGGAUUCACCACAAAUUGAUACAGCACAACUUGUUCAGAUUAUUGACAAGAAAAAAGCACAGAAUUUGUCAAUUCUUUUGAAAGCUUUGAAUGUGACAACAGAGGAAGUUGUUGAUGCCAUUAAAGAAGGUAAUGAGCUUCCUAUUGAGCUCAUGCAGACACUGGUGAAGAUGGCGCCGACAUCCGACGAAGAAUUGAAGCUUAGGUUAUAUACAGGACCCCUUUCUGAUCUUGGCCCUGCAGAGAAGUUUCUCAAAGUCUUGGUUGAUAUUCCAUUUGCUUUCAGACGCAUUGAAUGUUUGAUUUUCAUGUGUACCCUUCAAGAAGAGUCCUCAACUAUGAGGGAGUAUUUCACAACAUUAGAGGUUGCUUGCAAGAAACUUGUAAAAAGUAGGCUAUUCUUGAAGCUUCUAGAAGCAGUUCUUAAAACCGGCAACCGAAUGAACGACGGAACGUACCGCGGCGGCGCGCAAGCAUUCAAGCUGGACACACUCUUGAAGCUAUCAGACGUGAAAGGAACAGAUGGGAAGACGACGCUGCUGCACUUCGUUGUUCAAGAAAUCAUUCGAUCCGAGGGAGUUAGAGCUCUAAGAACGGCGAAAGAAAGCGGAAGCAUGCCAAACUUGGAAACAGAGGAUUCUUCUGAAGAAAACUACCGAAGCCUCGGCAUUGAAGUAGUUUCAGGCCUAAGCACUGAGCUAUUGGACGUGAGAAUGGCGGCGUUAAUAGACGGCGAUUUGAUCAGUUCUACGGUGGCGAAACUCAGCCACUCGCUUUCCAAGACUCGAGAGUUUCUUGACACCGAGAUGAAGAACGUUCAAGAAGACGGCGAGUUCCGAUCUUGCAUGGAGAGGUUUCUGGAGAAGGCGACAUCGGAAGUGGCUUGGUUGAUUGAGGAGGAGAAGAGGAUAACGGAACUUGUUAAGGGAACUGCAGAUUAUUUUCACGGUAAUUCAGGGAAAGAAGAAGGGCUUAGAUUGUUCGCCGUUGUCCGCGAUUUCUUGUUCAUAUUGGAUAAGGUGUGCAAGGAGGUGAAGGAAACAAACGUUAAAGAGGCAAAGAUUAAUGCUGCUUCAAAGAUUAAUAAUAAUAACAAUAAUAAUAGUAAUGUUAAAGAGUCUUCACCAUCAGUGACGCCGUCUUCUACCACGGAAGCUCAACAGCAAAAUUCAGGGCCUUCUGAACUUCAUAGGAGAUUGUUUCCUGCUAUUGUCCAGAGGAGAGUGGAUGAUGAUUCUAGCUCUGAUGAUGACUACGACGAUGAUGACGAUAAUAACAAAAUUUCUCCAUAACUUUGGUGUGUAUCUAGUUAUAUAUAUAUGUGCAGGUGCAACUGGUUUUGGUUUGAAAGUGGAUUGUGCUACUUUCUGUCAAGAACUAUCUCUCCCAAAAAUUUAACUAGAAGUGGGUACUUUUAUAUCUGAUACAAUUCUUCAUGCAAGAGCUUCUUUGCUUGAAACAUGAACAAUGCACAGGUCCAUUCAUAUCUCUGCUGAUAUUCUUUUAUUUAUUUAUUUAUUUAACUUAAAAGAAUGAGAAUGGUAAAGAUCAAAUUCUAGAUCUUUUGAUGAUAAAGACUUUAAUAUAAAUUAUGUACCUCUUACUAAUAGUUAAGCUUUGGGAGAGAUAGUUCUUGAUGAUGUUUUUGUUUUUUUUCUUUUUUAUUUUUGACCGAGAGUUGUUUAGAGUGUGUUUGAUAUGAAGAGGAGAAUAGGAAGGAAAUUUUCAUAAAUUAGAUAUAAUCGAUGAAAUUUCAACCCCAUUUUGUAGUGAAGUACCAAACACGACUCAAUACUGCCUCAAACUCAUGGCAAGGAAACAGAAGCCCUUGAGUUGAUAUAAAACGGAAUUUCUAUGUGAUAUAAAGUUUUUAAUUUAAGAAAGGGGCAUGUAUUUUGUCAUUGUUUGUUAAGGUGAA